AUGGCCGAGCUGAAGGCGAAAGGAACGGGCCCCAUUGGCCAGUGGCACACGGCCAUGCGUCCUGGUUGUGCGCUCUUGCACAGAGAAGGCGUCGGCGACGAGCGCCAGCACCAGGCGCGGAGGGGGGGCCAGGGCCACGGCGACCGGAGCCGGCAGCGGCUAGCGCGUGCGGCCCCCGUGUGGGCGGGCCCAAGGUCGUGGCGGCGCAGACGGUUAGGCGGGGAUUGGGAUGUAGGAGGCGCGGCCAGGCCGGGCGAGCGGGAUGCGGCCGUCGCGCUCGGGGCCGGCGUGGCUGAGUGGAGGGGGCGGCACCAGAGGGGAACGGGCCCCAUUGGCCAGUGGCACACGGCCAUGCGUCCUGGUUGUGCGCUCUUGCACAGAGAAGGCGUCGGCGACGAGCGCCAGCACCAGGCGCGGAGGGGGGGCCAGGGCCACGGCGACCGGAGCCGGCAGCGGCUAGCGCGUGCGGCCCCCGUGUGGGCGGGCCCAAGGUCGUGGCGGCGCAGACGGUUAGGCGGGGAUUGGGAUGUAGGAGGCGCGGCCAGGCCGGGCGAGCGGGAUGCGGCCGUCGCGCUCGGGGCCGGCGUGGCUGAGUGGAGGGGGCGGCACCAGAGGGUCGUGGCAGGAGGCGGCGACGGUUGGAGACGGGCACGGCGUAAGGGCGGACGGGGAGUGAAGCAGGGGCGGCGAGCGGGGCGGAUGCGAGCCACGGCGGGGGAAAGGGCACGACGGCGAGGCCACGGCGCAGCUGGACGCAGCCACGGGCGCGGCCGAGGCGGGGUGAGCGUGGUCGCGCGGUGGGGGGGCACGCGGCCAGGAACGGGCCCCAUUGGCCAGUGGCACACGGCCAUGCGUCCUGGUUGUGCGCUCUUGCACAGAGAAGGCGUCGGCGACGAGCGCCAGCACCAGGCGCGGAGGGGGGGCCAGGGCCACGGCGACCGGAGCCGGCAGCGGCUAGCGCGUGCGGCCCCCGUGUGGGCGGGCCCAAGGUCGUGGCGGCGCAGACGGUUAGGCGGGGAUUGGGAUGUAGGAGGCGCGGCCAGGCCGGGCGAGCGGGAUGCGGCCGUCGCGCUCGGGGCCGGCGUGGCUGAGUGGAGGGGGCGGCACCAGAGGGUCGUGGCAGGAGGCGGCGACGGUUGGAGACGGGCACGGCGUAAGGGCGGACGGGGAGUGAAGCAGGGGCGGCGAGCGGGGCGGAUGCGAGCCACGGCGGGGGAAAGGGCACGACGGCGAGGCCACGGCGCAGCUGGACGCAGCCACGGGCGCGGCCGAGGCGGGGUGAGCGUGGUCGCGCGGUGGGGGGGCACGCGGCCAGUGAGGCCGCAGCAGCGGAGCAGGGGGGCGGCGCGGUGA